AUGAAGAAGAAGCAUGGUGAGGAAGAAGCUAUGGAUUGGUAUUCUUGGCUGUCAAAGUCGUCUUCUCUUGAGCCUUCACAUGUGUACGAGUAUGGCCUAGUCUUCACACGGAAUGAGCUCAAGGAUGAAGAUUUGAGGCACUUCAACCACGAGUUUCUUCAGAGCAUGGGCAUAUCCGUGGCUAAACACCGCCUGGAGAUUCUAAAGCUAGCAAGGAAUAAGGAGGCCAGAGGCCUUUCAACAUUCGUAAACAAAACCAAGAAGCUUCUUGCCAAGAUGGUUCCUCAUCAUCAUCAUCAUCAUCAUCAGAGGAAGGUUAACAAGCUGAUGAUGAACCCUUAUCAGGAACGGGGUCUAUUGCGGCCGGGUAAACCACGGUUACUCAAAUCAGGGCCGCUUGAUAGGAAGGUUCAGGUUCCGGUUCAGGAGAAAAUGGCAAUCACUACUACAAGAAGCAGCUUAUCAGGGCCCUUGGAUGCCAAUAAGGUUGUUCAAGAGAGAUUGAUGCUCCCAAGCUGUAGCCCUUUGGGUUGGGGUGGAAAGAUGGUGUUUCCCACCAUAAGCCAAACUAAAUCAGGGCCCUUAGAUGCCACCUGGACUUUGAUGAGCAUGAGCCCAACCACUAAUCACAACAACCCUCGUCAUUCACUAUGGUCCUUAAUGUUUCAAGACAUGAAGCCAACUUAA